GUGACCAGGCAGCAAGAGCAGGUGGUGCUUGGUCACGUGAUGUUGUUAGCCGAGGCUGAGGAGCAGCAACAUCUGAGCUAAAUCAAAGCCCACAUCUCUCUCUGCAUUGAAAGGCCUGCAGCUGACACGCCACCAACCAUCAGACAGAAUGUCAUAUGGAUCCAUUGACGGAGGCUCUUUUGGCAGCCGCAACCCGUUUGGAGGUCCUACAAGGCAGGGCUACCAGCCAGUAGCCACACAGGUCAGCCCCUCAGAACUGCAAGAUGUGUUUCAGGAGACCUCCUCCAAUAUCUUCCAGAUCAAUGCCAACGUUGUCACACUAGAGAAGAAUCUUCAAUCACUGGGGACAUCUAGAGAUACAGCAGAGCUACGACAGAGUCUACACUCUUUGCAGCAGCAAACCAACAAAGUCAUCACCAGCACAAGCCAACUCAUCAAACAGCUCUCUGAUAUAAUCAGUGGCUCUUCACGGCAAGACCGCCUGCAUCUGACUAGACUAAAGACCGAACUCUCAGAGUCUGUGCAGCGCUAUGGGGAUCUGCAGAAGAAAAUUGCAGAGCGUUCAAGGGCCUUGCUCCCUCCAGCACAGAAAGAUACGAAGAAGAGUCCUCAGACCAAGUCAACUGAGCAGAUUGAGGAGGUUCCACUGUUUGGAGAAGCAUUAGGUUCAGAUGGAGGGGCUCAGGCUUUCCUGUCUGAGAUCAGCGAGGAGGACGUGGAGGUGCUUCGCCAAAGGGAGGAGGCCCUGCUGCAGAUUGAAAGAGACAUGCUGGACGUCAGUCAAGUCAUGAAGGAUCUGGCUAGUAUGGUCCAUGAACAAGGAGACGCCAUAGACAGCAUUGAAGAUUACAUCCAGACUUCAUCAUCCAAUGUGGAAUCAGCCAAUCAGGAGCUUGCAAAGGCCAACCAAUACCAGAGGCAGCUGAGGAAGAGGAAGUGCUACCUCCUGUUGACUGGAGCCAUUGUCCUCAUCAUCCUCAUCAUCAUCAUUGCUGUUUCAGCAAGAAAAUAAGAGCACCCACUGUGGUAGCUGCUGUCAUUACCGUGUCACCACAGUGCUCCUGCCCAGUCUGAUCCCUGACCUGAGCAGCUGGUUUCCAGUAGGAGGGAGCUGCCCUGCAACAACAUCUCUACUCCAUCAUCCCUGCCUCUGUUUACAUGUGCACCAGUCUGGGGACGGAGGCCUCUCUCAGCAUACCAAUUUGUCAAGAGCGCCACCCAGUCGGAGCCUCUCAUGUAAUUAUCAUUGUGCUUAUUUUUCUUUUUUUUGGUUGUUAAUGUUUUCUGUGACUCAAAUGUUAUCAUCAAAGUUCAAGUAACAAAUGUGAAUUUAAGGACAAGAAGCACAAGCUGUGUUGUUUCCUGUGGAGUGGUAACUAAUGUAUAUCACAAACCUUCAGCUCCUCACUGUGUUUUAUCAGAAAACCAGAGAGUUUCAGGGUGAGACAAGGCAGCUUGAGCUUUACACCUUUCACUGCUGUACUGUAUGCUAUUUUAUGUGUUUUUUACUGAAAUGGACAUUUUUAUCAGCUUGUAGUGUAAUUUAAUCAAUAUUAUAUUGUAGCGUUUGUUGAUAUUGGUAAAUAUUGUUUGACCAAAUAUAUCUUCCCAAAUAAAAGUUCAACAGCAUCAAAAAGUUCUGCCUGUG